AUGGCCGACGACUCCUCUGAUCCCGGCGGUGGCACCCUUCCGCCGGAGCAAGGCAUCAAGUGCCCCCGCUGCGACUCCUCCAACACCAAGUUCUGCUACUACAACAACUACAGCCUCUCCCAGCCGCGACACUACUGCAAGGCCUGCCGCCGCUACUGGACCAAGGGCGGCGCCCUCCGCAACGUCCCUGUCGGCGGCGGCUGCCGCAAGAACAAGCGCUCUUCCAGGUCGUCCUCUGCCUCCUCCGCCACACCGUCCCGGAUCUACCCCUGCGGAGCCUCCGCGGGCCUCGAUUUUUUCUCCUCUCUGCCCUUCUCCAGGCCGCCGGACAACUCGCCGCACGGCGGCGCCCCUGUUUUGGGAUUUAGUCACUAUCCGACGUCCUCCGCCAUCAGCGUCUACGGCGGCGAGGGCGGUUUCUCCGCUUCUUCUUCUUCGCGCGUCGGCCGCGGCAUCCAUGCGAUCGCGAGCAGCAGCAUCGCCGCGUCGAUCGAGUCCUUGAGCUCGAUUAACCAAGACCUCCAUUGGCGGCUGCAGAGACAGAGGCUCGCCAUGUUUUUCAACGACGCGACGCCGUCAUCGGCGCUCGCGACUCCGACGUUAGGCGCCAUAUCGUCCCUCGACGACGAGAUAUUGGAGCUCGGGAACAGUACUUCGGCUGCCGCCAAGACCUGUGGCGGUUCCGGAACUCCGGCGUGGCUCAUGGAACCUUCUAAUUAUGGCGCGCGCGUGCCCGUUACCGCCGGGGACGCCACAUCGGCCUACGCCGCCGCUAUGCCAAUGGCCAUCAACAACGGCGACGACAGCAACACCGGAAUUUGGAGUGGAAGUCCGUGGCCGGCAUGGAGCCUCGACAUGCCGCAAUUUGGCACGCUACCUUAA